AUGUCGGUUAGUAUCUAAUAUAGUAGAUGAACAGCUGCAAGUCCAAACGCCGACACUAGGAAGUCAAUUAAUUUUAGACUCACCCUCACUCCAAGUGGGGAGGAGGACGAGUACAAGCAGUGCUGGAUAUUAACAAUGGCGCUUGAUUGAUGAUGAAGCUACGUCUUGCUCUUGGUGGUCGAGCAAGAGCACUUAGUAAGUAGUCAAAGCAAUGCAUCCAUUGCAGUUUUAUUUCUCCCGGUGUUCUUGUACCCUGCGCCGGCCGGCCGCCGGUGGUGGUCGAGCUCCUGCUCCUGCUGUUACUAGUCAAUUGAGAUUGACCAGCUAUGGCUCCGGUUUGUUUGUAAAAAUGUCCAGGGCUGGCCUACUUUUCGCGGUGUUUGGCGCGGCAGGGCGGUUGUUUUUCUUUUUCCUCAGUCCGGGCGUUGCAAAUGGAUUAGCCCGCCCCGCGGACGAGGUGGAUCUUCAUUCGAAUGCUCCCGCGAAGAGGAAGACCCACCGGAGGGAGAUGAUCCUGCUGGACGAUUAUAGCGGUGGGCCGCAGGGGCAAGAAUUCACUGACCACGUCGACGAGGAUACAAGUACGGAACCCGGACAGCUGCGUCAUUUUUCAGUCGCAAACCAGGAGGGCUUGUUCAUCCAAAAAACGCAGUGGGCGCUCCCAUCCCCCCGGAGUUUUUUUCGUCGUAUGUGGAACAGGUUCCGGCGCCAGAAGCCGAGAAGUAGAAAUAAGGGCGGUGCAGGGCUGUUGAAGGAGGAGGUCCAGAACGAUCAUCCAGCAGGCGACGCGUGUACAGCAGAUCUAGAUGGUGCAAAAUCAAGUGUCGCACCGCGAAGAAAGUCACGAAGGCCAGAACCGCUGCGAACAGAACCAGUAGAACUACUUGAUUAUGAAAUACCAGCGCGACGACCGAUGCUGCUCGUAAACGCGACGCGCGCUCUCGAUUUUUUUGAUAGGGAACUCCCAGAUGUCGUGGGAAAUUCUGGAUGGACGCCGAACCACAAGUCAUUCACAUUGGCCAAGCUGUUGAAUCGUAUUUACUUUGGAACACCCCGCAAUCUCCUCGCUCUCGAUCAGAAUACAAAUAAUUACACAUACCAGAUGAAUCUACGCACGAUUAGCGGCCACGCGGAUCUCCGGCCACGGGUGUAUGGUCUCAAUAAGGACAAUUUUUUAGUGCGUGAGCUUCUAAAUCAAAAGCAAAGCACCAAGUACAAAAACGAGUAUGACAGCGUCGAGUCUGAGUCUGAACAUCAAGAAGAAGACGGCGGGUGUGAUAGCAAGCUUGUUGAAGACGAACCUGACUACCAUAAGCCCCUGGUCGUUUUGGUCCACGACCAUGUAAAGUAUGCAUUUCAGCGACUUUCCACAGACCCGGAAGAAUACAUCAUGAGAAGACUUUUAGAAGUGUAGGUCGACUCGAAAACUCAAUAGCGAGGAGGAUUCAUUGCAAUGUCAAUUUGUCCUCGGUACGGGAAGCGUUACGAUGAAAAGAUGAACGCAACAGUUGUGCAUCAAAAGAAUGCCAGGGAAUACCUAGCAAGCUCUGUAACCAUUUCUUAUUUCAUUUGUAGUGCGUCUCAUAAUCAGAGGCGAAAUUGUCCACCGUUUUCACCGCAGCGAGGGGUCUUCAUUGAAAUAGCACUGGAGAAAAGAGGUGACGGUGAGUAAACGCGUUCCCACCUGUACUAGAAUUAUGGUAAAUCCAAACAGAAACGCCGAUAUUAAGUCAAUUAGUCGCUUGGAGGCGUGCGAAGAGGACCAGAAAAAGAAAAAGACAACGGCUCCGUGAUUUCCUCUUCCUCAGUGAUUUCAGUGAAUCGUCA